ACUCGACAAACCGCCAUCUUUCUUUUUAGAGAGUUAGCAGGGCAAAAUAACAACCAGUUUUGAAUGAUCAUUUCUUCAAAACAGAAUCGUUGAAGAAAUUCCUCUUGGUUAAUAACAAGUUUAAAGAGUCGCGGGCGAAACGGAAUUCCAGAUAUUGCCCACAUAUCAGUCAUAAGACACAGUAGUUUGGGGUAAGCGCUCUACUAACGCUAGUGGAGGUGGGCAACAUGGGCCGAUCUCGGAGCCGCAGCUCGUCCCGGUCUAAACACUCCAAAAGCAGCAAGCACAGCAAGAAACGGAGCCGGUCUCGGUCCAAAGACAGAGAGAGGUCCAAGAAGCGGUCCAAGUCCCGAGAAUCGAAAAGGAACCGUCGCAGAGAAUCUCGUUCUCGUUCCCGGUCCACCACAGCCUCGACCCGCAGAGAAAGAGCAGCCUCGCCGCCAGAGCGCAUCGACAUCUUCGGCAGGACUCUAAGCAAGAGAAACGCUUUGGACGAGAAGCAGAGGAAGGAGGAGGAGGAAAGAAGGGCAGAAAUGGAAAGACAAAGGAAGAUCCGGCAGCUGGAGGUCGAGGAGAAGCUGAUCGAGGAGGAGACGGCACGGCGAGUGGAGGAGCUGGUGGCCAAGCGGGUGGAGGAGGAGCUGGAGAAGCGGAAGGACGAGAUCGAGCGGGAGGUGCUGCGACGCGUCGAGGAGGCGAAGCGCAUCAUGGAGCGGCAGCUGCUGGAGGAGCUGGAGAGGCAACGGCAGGCAGAGUUGGCUACGCAGAAGGCCAGAGAGGAAGAAGAAAAAUCUAAGCGGGAGGAGCUGGAAAAAAUCCUAGAGGAGAAUAACCGCAAGAUUGCCGACGCUCAGGCCAAACUGGCUGAGGAGCAGUUGCGCAUUGUAGAGGAGCAGAGAAAGAUUCACGAGGAGCGCAUGAAGCUGGAACAGGACCGUCAAAAGCAGCAGAAGGAGGAGCAGAAAAUCAUCCUCGGCAAGGGCAAGUCCAGGCCCAAGCUGUCCUUCUCCCUCAAGGCCACCGAAUGAGACUGCUCCCCCUUCGUCCUCAUGUCCCGCCCUGCCUUCGUCUCCACCCAGCUCUCCCUCCUCCAUCAAUCGACCCCACUCCUCCUCUGAGGAACGCUCGCUUCGUUUUGGAAGUGCUGAAGGAAGGCCGAGGAAAGGGGCGCAGCCUGGUGUGUGAACUUGCUCUUCCCUGUGAAAGGCCCACGUCGUCGUCCCCAGUCUUGAAGAGGAGGCAGCUCUUUGCAUUUGGAAGACCCGACUGUUCCUUCCCCCCUCCCUCUUCCCCCAUGCACAGAUAAAUCUUGUUUGUGCUUCAUUUUUUUUUUUCCACCAGUUUUAUUUCUAUUUUUAGGGAACUCAAACUUUUGAUGUAGAAUGCUUUAACAUGUCCCUUUCCCCGAAAGUCUUAACUCUGGUGUAACAUCAAGCAACUUGUGCGCCUGCGCUCUUCUUACAUGUCUUCACAGCCAGCAGACUACAAUAGAACACCAGUCCCUGAUAGGAGAGUAUGUGUGACUUUGUCUAGUUCAGUCUACUGUAACGGUUCAUGUGUGGCUUGGGAGUUGGCCUGUUGUUUUCCUGUUAUCAUUUUUAUUUUUUUAAGUUCCUUAAAGAGGCUGGUGACCAAUCCCAGCCCAGCCCAGCCUAUAAAAGCACAGUUAACUUCCCGUCCAGCUGACAGGUUUGUGUCUUCCACCUCAUGACUUCCUUUGCCCAUAAGCUCUGUUCCCCAUGUAAAUCUACAGCUGCUUUUCUUUCUGCUUCAGCUCUGUCUGCCAUGUAUAUAUAAUUUGUUCUAAAUGACAGCCGCAUGUCUAGCUGAAGGGAAAUGUGAAGCUUGUGUUCGAUUUGAAGUUGCUGCAGUGCAGGUGAACUCGGCCUUAACUCCCAAGCUGCCCAUGACUGGACCUCGAACCUACAACAGGAUAUGUGGAGUAGUGGAGGAGAGAGGACGUUUCCUGUAUGAUGUAAUUUUAUUAGCCUUGCUGUGAUGUGCUGACUCCCACUCCUCCCCAAGUUAACAAAAAGUCACAGUAAUGGUAAACACUUGAGUUUUGUUUGAUCAGACUGGGAAAACACCCGGCCAUACAGUGCGUGUUGUAGUAAAUGAACUUGGCAAGGCGCCACACUUGGUAAGUCUUGAUUCGUAUAGGAUGGACAAGUUCAGGUAAGAUAAGGUUUGAGGUCAGCAGCAGUGAGAGAAUGAGCGUGUGUGUUGGUGUGUUUGUGGUUGUGAGUGACAGGCAGGCUGACCUCAGGUGGGUAUACUGACUUUUUGUUAUGUUGUGGGAUUUUGAAUUUGUCAUGUAAUUUCCCCCCAAUUGUCAAGGGACUGAACAGUUCAAUAAAUCCAUUGAAUGCCUCCACUGA